UGUUGCGAACAUAACCUUCCAUUGUACACAAAAAUAACUCACCUCGAAUAGUGUCGAUCUGACUGUCGAUCAUCGUAAUUACUAUAAAAAUUUGUUAGUUUAAUAACAAAAAUAAUGGAAAAUCCGUUGAGUUUGGCUGAAAAGACCUUCAUUCUCCACGGAGUAGAUGCGGACCUGAGGAUCGACGGACGUCGUCAGUGCGAGUACCGUUCCAUUGAAAUCGAAACAAAAUUAAUGCCGCAGACAAAUGGGUCAGCGCGGCUGCGAGUUGGAAACACCGACGUCCUGGUUGGUGUCAAAGUUGAAGUCGAUACUCCAUUCCCGGACCGACCUAACGAAGGAAAAUUAGAAUUUUUCGUUGACUGUUCUGCUAACGCAGCCCCCGAAUUCGAAGGCAAAGGUGGAGACGAUCUCGCCACAGAGAUAAGUAAUGUCCUGGCGAAUGCUUAUCAGUCGCAGAAAACUUUCGAUCUCAAGUUCUUGACUAUAUUACCCCAUAAAAAAUGCUGGAAGAUGUACGUUGAUGUUCUGAUUCUACAGUGCGGAGGAAAUUUAUUUGACGCAAUCGGAGCUGCAGUAAAAGCCGCUUUAUUUAAUGCAGAAAUUCCAAGAGUGACAGCUGCAACAUUAGACGGCGGUGAAGCUGAUCUUCAAGUCUCUGAUGACCCUUUCGAUUGCGUCAGAUUAAAUGUCGAGUCUUUUCCAGUACUCGUUACAUUAUGCAAAAUCGGCGACAACUGCAUCGUAGAUCCAAUUGCUGAAGAGGAAGCUUGUGCCGCAGCUAGCGUAGUCAUAUCAGUAAUUCCUACAGGGGAAAUCACGUCUGUUGUAAAAACCGGAUAUGGAAGUCUGCAACCUGCGACUUUUAUUAAAACUCUCCAGACUGCAAUCACUGUUGGAAAAAAAUUAAACGAAUCAUUGAUGGACGCCCUGAGAAAAGAGGAAUCACUGGGACCCAAAAGAUCGAUUGUUAGUUUUCUACGUUAAUUAGAUAACUAUAAUUUAAAUGAAUUUUUACCAA